AUGACAUUUGAACGGUAUAUUGCUGUAUCUCGUCCACUAAAAGCUAGUCAAUUAUGUACUAUUAAACGUGCAAAAUAUGUUCUUUCAACAAUAUUUUUACUGUUUUUUCUCAUUAAUUCUCAUUUUCUAUGGACAUUUCAUUUAUCCGUUGAGUCAUACUGUAUGCCUAUAAACGAUAAUUCUCUAUUUAUUAAAUAUUUUACUUGGAUUGAUAGUUGCAAAUAUUCAUUUUUACCAUUUUCAAUGUUAAUUUCAUUGAAUAUUUUAAUUAUUCGCAGCCUUUUACGUAGUAGACAAAAAAGUAAACUAUUACAACAAUCAACAACGUCUACAACGUAUCCUAUCUUGUUUUCAUCAUCCGCAAACAAUAAUACCCACAGUAAUAGUCAUACAUUGCAACAUAAUCACAAUUAUCGUCGUGUUAAUCGACGAUUAACAUCGAUGUUAUUGACUGUCUCAUUUGCUUUUUGUAUCUGUUCAAUGCCCAUAUCGAUAAUGCAAAUAAUUGAUGCUAUUUAUCCAAAUAUUGAUAAACGUUCCAUUCAAUUAACAGCGACGAUAUCGAUUGGAAAAAUUAUUGCAGAAAUAUCGCAAUAUAUUAAUCACAGCAUUAACUUCUUUUUAUACGCAUUUACCGGACGGAUAUUUCGACAUGAACUUCACCGUCUAUUUUUAUUUUGUUUUUGUCAUCAUCGUCUUCAGCCUUAUCAAUUUUUCACAGCAAAGAAGAGUGCAAGAGAACAAAAUCAAUUAUAUUCAAAUACGACAAGAUCAAUCUCUCAUAAACGUCAUCUAUCAACAACAUUAGAUACUGAACGAACUCGUCGAUUAUCCUCGAUUGCAUUAACAAGUUCCUCCAUCUAUCCGCAUGUCGCUAGUCCACGAACAUCAAUCGUUUCUGAACAGUGUCGUUAUUCUUUUCUCCAACGUUUUGGUGAAGAUGAUGAAACAACAAAUAUUGCAAAUUCAUUAAAUGUAUCACAUCACCAACGUAACGAAAUACGUAUUUCAGAUGUAUCAAGUGAAACAACACAAACACUUUUAGACUUAAAGCUAAAGAAAAUCGAUAUAGAAGCAAAUGAAAAUAAAACAAAGAUGCGUGCUGCUCUAAUCACGCUAGUAGAGACAAUGAAAAAUCAGAAUCAUAUACAGAAAACGGUAAUAAAAAGUCCAACAAAAAGCUAUAUAUACGGAAUGACUGAUAUGCCCACAUAUCGAUUGCGUUGA